GGAAGGGAUAACAUGGCCACCGCCUGGUGACGUUCGUUCGCCGUCGCCGUCGCGAUAUCAAAUGCUCCCAAAAACAGCUGGUGAACAUUUAUCAGUGUAAGUUCCGUAGUUUUCACGCGGAAAACGCGUAUUAUAUCCAGUGAGGAGUGUAAAACACAAUGAUGAACAUGUGGAAAGUGCGGGAGUUAAUGGAUAAGGCGACCAAUGUAGUGAUGAACUACACGGAAACAGAGGCCAAAGUUCGGGAAGCAACAAAUGACGAUGCUUGGGGUCCAACUGGGGCAAUGAUGCAAGAACUGGCUCAGGCUACAUUCACAUACGAGCAAUUUCCCGAGGUAAUGUCCAUGUUGUGGAAAAGGAUGUUGCAAGAAAAUAAACGGAAUUGGCGUCGAACGUACAAGUCCCUUCUGCUCCUAAAUUAUCUAGUUCGUAAUGGAUCAGAACGAGUGGUGACAUCAUCUAGAGAACAUAUUUAUGACCUGAGGUCUUUGGAAAAUUAUACUUGUAUUGAUGAAUUUGGAAAGGAUCAAGGAAUAAAUAUUAGGCACAAAGUGAGAGAAUUAAUUGAUUUUAUUCAGGAUGAUGAUAAAUUACGAGAAGAAAGGAAAAAAGCCAAGAAAAAUAAAGAUAAAUAUGUGGGUUUAUCAAGCGAAGCAAUGCGCUUUGGUGGUGGGGAUAGAUGGACAGACAGGCUAAAAUGGGAUAAAACUAACACAGAUACUUACAAUGACUGGGAUCGAGAUAAUAGGGGAAAAGGUUUUGAAGAUACAAAUAAUAGUGAUGAUGGUGAAAGAGAAGAUUCUGAUAAUGAUGUUCAUCCAAGUUCAAGAAGAGGAGGUAGAGAAUAUAGAGAUACAAUGGAUAGCAUAGAUCGUGUUAGUAAAACUACUACAUCUACAACUUCCACAAAUGCUUCACCAGCACGGAUGACAAGAACUAUUAAGAAGGUAGACUUAGGAGCUGCAGCAAAUUAUGGAAGAGAACAAUCCAAUAAUGGUAUCUCUGGAUCACAAAAUAAUUCUUUGUCUAAACAAAAGAAUAAAAAUGACAUUUUAAAUGAUAUUUUUGAUUCUCAAAAUGAGAAUAAUACUAAACCAGUUGUUGAUGAUGAUGAUGACUUCAAUCCGAGAGCAAAUACUCAAUCUUCUUUACAAAGCCAGAAUGCAAAUACAGAUUUUGGAGAUUUUACUAGUGCAUUUGGUAGUCCCACAGCGAAAACGAAAGACAGCAAUGAUGAAUUUGCAGAUUUUACAUCUGCUUUUAACUCUUCUGUGACGAUAUCUAAUUCUCCAGUGCAGCCACAACUGCCACAAACUCAAAUAAAUUUAAUGGGCGCAACAGUACCAAAUAUUAAUAGUUCAAUGACAGAUAAUGUAAAUAAUGCAAUGUUUAUUAAUGCCCAAUCUGUAAACGCUCCUUCUUUUACAUCUGUAGUCCCUGCAAAUACAAUUCCUCAAAACCCUAGUAUGAGUAAUAAUCUAUUUGAUAUACAACCACAAGUGCUCAGUAAUCAGCAAACAUUGAAUAACAAUGCAGCGCUUUCAAAUGCAGAUCUUUUGUCAGAUUUAGAUAGUUUAAAUUCUUUGACUACUGGUUCCAUGGAUAGGCGAACGAAUAACUCGAAUAAUUCUAAUCUCUUUAUGAAUAUGAGUUCACCAUCUGCCACAGCUAGCCAUGGAGGAACAAUUGGACUAUCACCAGUUACAAAUCUUCUUACCCCUACAUCUACCAAUUUGAAAAAUCAAACAUCAAGUAAUACAUCCGCACAAGUUGGUUCAACAUGGGCUGGUUCAGGCUUAAAUAUAGAUCUUGAUAAUCUAAUGGGAAGUAAAAUUAAACAAACUGGACCUGCACCAACAAUGAAUCAAUUGGCAAGCAAUAGUCCACAACAUCAAAUUACACUUAUGACAUCACCAACAGUGGGAUAUACCUCACCUAUGAUUCAACCUCAGCAGCAGAAACAGCAACAUGUAAAUCCAGCAUUUUUUCCUGCAUUUCAAUGAAACCUUUUUAAUAAAUAAAGGCUGAAAUUAGCAAAAUUUAAAAGCAUAAACGAAAUAACUUGGAGUUGAAAACAACCAGGGCUUGUUAUAAACAAUCUAUUUAUUUAAUAAAAAUGGAGAUAAAUUUUCUAUUUUCUGAGCAAAACAGUCUAAUUAUACAGGGUGCAACUGUAAACAAUUGCACAUUGUAAGUGU